AUGUCCGGUAUCGGUCAGGAACUCCCGUCUGAGGCUGUCGGGCCAGCGGUUGGCGUAUCCAUCUACAGCUGGAUAUGUCUGCUGCUGAGCUGCGCCCUGCUGUGGGCGACUGUUGCCCACCGGGAGUGGAAGAGUUACGUGGCUUUUUUUGCCUUCUUCACUUCCCUCAGUACCACAGCUUCAAUAGCACAACAGCUACACACUUACCUCCGAUGGACGUCCAUCAAGCUCGAUCAGUUUGAAUACGUGAGCGAGCACGCCGGCAAUCCCGAACUUUACAUUGCCAAAGCUACGGCUGUUAUUCUGCCCAUUAUCCAAGUGAGCCUAAUGCGCACCGACGUAGUUCAAAGCUCAACGAUUGGGUUCUACUUUGUUGCGAACUUCAUUAUGGGUGUCAGUCUUGCACUCAGUACAAUUCUCCUUCUAGCGAUCCUCGCGAGAUACGUUGCGACUCGAGCUGCGGUGUCCUGGCAUGUUGGGUACGCCGAUCGCUCGACUGUUGAUGGAGCCAAUGCUGCAACAACUCAAAAUACUGCCGGCACUUUUACGAGUAGUACUGGCGGGGUUCCACUGCAACAAAAGAGUAUUUACGAUAGCUGGCUGGUCACUCGCUUCACUCUUGCCUUCGCGGGUUUAUCAGCAUUUCAGUUUGUAAUCAUCGCACAAGAAGUUAGCUUUGCUCGGGACACCGGCGAAGCAUCCUCGGGCUCUGUCGUCAAUCUGAGCCAUCAACGAGCAAUUAUUGACGUCGUGACCUUUCUUCCUGGAGUUUCCGGCAGUCUCCUCGCAUUCAUAGUGUUCGGCACCACGAAGUCGUUCCGAGACUACUUCUACCGCAAGUUAGUACCAAGAAGCAUACGCAGACGAUGGAGAAAGACAAUCAGGAGCCCUCCCGUCGUCGCGAUACCAACUCGAUACCCUAUUCCGGACACGCCGGGGCAAUCGGAGUUCUACGAACUUGAUGGUGGCGAGUCGGGCCUGGGUCCUAGGAUCCGCGAAGUUGAUAGCCGCUCACCCGGCGUCAGCUCCGUGGAUUUCGCGGGAAAGGGACAUGAGGACGAGUUGCCUAUACUUCCAAUUAGGCCGCAUAGAUGA